AUGCUGCCUCCACAGCGGCCGGGCAAAACGGCGCCCCGCUUGGCCGAGGACAUUCGACUGUAUGACCCUGCGCAUCUUCCGGGUACUGGUCUCAACCUGCUUUCACAAGUACCUCCAGUGUACCCGGAAGCUGCUGACAGGGUCUAUGACUUCAUAUCGCCUGAUGCUUGCCGACAUACCUAUGUGACUAAGUCGAAUCAAACACACCUGACAAGUGCGGAGCAGAGACGGAGACCGGGAACAUCGUCCAAGGUUUCAGCUGUCUGCUCGAAAUGUCGCUGCCACCUGCAGAUGGUGGUCAACCACAAGAACGGUGGGAACGCAUUCGCUCUGGCCCAUAUGUCGGAGCAUAUGCACCACUUCGUGUACAAGUCAGGACGGCAACAGGGUAAUCGAAUGGCGGAGGAGGUGACAGAGAAGGGGCAGGUGGCGGAGACCUAUCACUAUCAGUGCUCCCACCUCUCUUGCUCGGCGAUGGUCUCACUUCGGAUUCUGACUCCUCUCAUUACUCCUCAGCUUCUUGAGUUGCUGAACGACCCGGCUAUUGUCCGUCAGCGCGCAGAGAAGGCAAUUGCAGCGCAGCCGGAGCGCAUGGAGGGUAUGGCGAUUCCGUUGCCUAUUACCGUCCAAGACAACCUGCGCAUCUACCUCACCAACGCCCUCCACAGCCAGGACCGCAGCAAACCUAUUUCCUCCUCCAACAAACGGUUCAUGCUCUCGUUUGGAAUUGAGGGUGCUGCCUGUGAAGAACUGCUGAAAUUCUUUGGGUUUGCAUAUGAUGCCGAUGCCGGUACCUGGCAGCCGCCUUGCCUAAGCCCUCAGACAGAAACUCCAUUCCAGGAUGCAGAGAAAAUAUACAUUGACGACGCUAUCCAAGAACUGCUCUGUUUGCUACAUCAGCGGCCCGUAUCAGAGAAAAGGGGUGUCAAUUUCCCUGCCCUUCCGCCUUCAUCGACAGAUGAUAUCCUCUACGCGCUGGAGGCCCUGGAGUAUCCGAAAUCCACUCGCGCCCACGAAUUCGCAAUGCCACCUGCUCCGUUUUACGAGGAUAUCGGAGCGACAGAGGAUAUGGCUGCCUCGGCUAUUGUAGAAGCAUAUGAUCGACAAGUUACUGUGGACCCAGCACGAGCACCACUGUACUUGCAUUGUCUAAAGGCAAUCGCCACUCUUCGGGGUGGAGAAGACUACGAGAUAAUCGACCAAGCUGUGCAAUAUGCUUACGCCGAAGGAAGGUAUUCGGAUGAUGAUGUCGUUGAGGCGUACAAGUAUUUUGGGCUAUGGCAUGAUGACUACAACCUCACCGAGGACAGUAUCAUCGGGAAGUUCUACGCCUAUCUGAGUUCGACUUCGCCGGAGAAAGAGACCGAGUCGCGCAAGCAAUUGUGGCGGAUAGGCGCCAGCAGAGCCAGCGAGCGUAUCAAGGCCGUGUCAGAAGAUCGCGUUUCUACUGUUGAGCAGGCUCAGGUCUUUCUGGGUGUUGAGGACAACACCCCCGAUGACUUCAUUAUCACCAUGUACACGGCAAAACUGAACGACAAUCCGUCAUGCAGGGACCUCGCGGAUCGCGCAAUCAAGCUCAUCGCGGAAGCUCGCAAGUCAACAGUGCUGAAUCACUUCCUCAAUACUGGUGAGACUAUUGCCGGAGAAAUGGAAAUUGGGGAUGCCUACCGCUUGCUUCAGAUUCCAGACCGUACUGCCGACGAUGGCGCUAUCAUGGCGGCCUACACGAUCUGCAUCGAUGAGAAUCCCGGUCAGGCCGAUAUUUACAGCCGUGCGUUGACCAUAAUUGCCAAAGAAAUGGAUAGCCCUAUGUUGCGUAACAUGGCUGGAAUUUCCAAUGAGCCAGAUCGCGAUUUGUCUGAGUGGCCCGUUGGUCUGCAGAAUAUCGGCAAUACGUGCUAUCUGAACAGCCUUCUCCAGUUCUAUUUCUCAGUCCUUCCAUUCCGAGAUAUGGUUCUAAAUAUCGAAAAAUACCAAAUGGAUCUGACUGAUGAAUCGAGCGUGGCCCAAAAGCAGGUCGGCUCCCGCAAAGUGGCCCGGAAGGAAGUGGAGCGGUCUCUCAAAUUCCUUGGGGAGCUUCGUGGUCUAUUCCAAAGCAUGAUCACCUCGACACAGUCUUCACCCGGGGGUGAAGCUGCAAUUCGUCGGAGAUCGACUAUCUCGAAAUCACAUAGUCUUGGUGACAUCGAGGGAAAGCCCAUUCUGGGACCUCUCGGACCCCCUCAGCCCAUUGCGGAAGAGCCGAAUGAAGAACGGGCAGCUCCUGAGAAUGAAGCAUCGCUCGUGAAAGGCUCUAACGCUAGUGACAUGGGCAGCGAUGCCACGCUGGUGUCAGAAAACAUCACCAGCCUAGAACCUGCACUAUCUGCUGAGAAUAAAGAGAAUGGGGACUGGGGAGUUGGACCAUUGUCUUCACCUGCGUCUGAAUCUUAUGGGGGUGUAUUCCAUUCUGAGCCUCCUAGUCUUCCGCCACCGAUACCCCCACGCCCGACUUCGGAGGCCGAUCGCCAGAAGCAGUUGAUAGAAGAAGUGGAAAUCGGCGCUCAGCAAGAUGUCACGGAGGUGAUCAACAACGUGCUUUUCCAGAGUCAGUGUGCCAUUAAGCCGCGGAAAAUAGACAACGACGGCGAACAGGUCGAUCAAAUCAAGGACUUGUUCUAUGGUCGUACGCGGUCUUACAUCACCACCGAAGGAGGUACGCGAUCCAAGGAGGAACGGUGGUGCGAUAUCAAAGUCAAUGUCGCCGGUGGGUCGCGAGACAUCUAUGCCGCCAUUGACGGAGCAUUCGAUGCUCAGAAAAUCAGCGUUGAAAAUGCGGAGGCCGAGCAGUAUGGAGCCAUCACCUCCCUCCCUCCUAUACUGCAGGUUCAGGUGCAGCGAGUUCAAUUCGACGCGGUGAAGAAGAGCUCUUUCAAGUCAACCCACCACCUAGACUUACUGCAGACAAUCUACCUGGACCGGUAUAUGGAUACAACCAAGCCAGAGAUCGUGAAUCGCCGCCGUGAGUGUUGGGAAUGGAAAAAUACACUCAAAUCGCUUGAAGCUCGUCGGGCAGAGCUGUUGCGGAAGCACGAUAAUGACAACCUUGAUAUGACACAACUCUUUCGCGAUACUAAAGACGUACUGGAAGAUGUUGCAGCGAUUGAGAACGAUGGAGAUAUGGAGACCACACCGGAGCUGCUCAAUGAGCUUGACCAACUUUCUCAGAUCGUGGAAGCUGAGCUCCAGUCUGUCGACCAAGAGAUCCAGAGCACUCAAACCAAGAUCUCCAACCAAUUCUCCAGCUACAAGAAUCUCCCAUACCAGCUAUACGCUGUCUUCGUGCACCACGGUUCCGUCUCGUUCGGGCAUUAUUGGAUCUACAUCUACGAUUUCCGCAAUAAUGUCUGGCGCAAAUACAAUGACGAAUACGUGACCGAGGUCCAGAACCUGGACGAAAUCUUCAAGAAUAACGAGACUAACAACCCACCUACCCCUUACUUCCUUGUCUACAUUAAUGAUAAGAUGAAGGAUCGCUUGGUCGAUCCUGUUUGUCGCGCCAUUCCCGAAUGGAUUCCUGAUGUGACGACCGCGGAUACGGAGGCUCCCACUGCCAUGGAAGAUAUUCAGUCUCCAGGCAUCACUGAGGACGCCAUCGUUGAAGAUGUCAGCAUGGAGCCGCCGUCGUACCAAGUAUCGACGGACAGCACCGCGACACCCAUCGAGUGGCCCACGCCCACCUGGCCCACGGCCGCUGAAGAGAAGGAGAAAGCCUUCAUGGACAACCUUAAGAAAGACGAUUCGAACUGGUAG